AUAUAAAAGUCGCCGCCAUUGGUGGUCGCGCGAGAAUAGGACGGAGUCCCGUGCACACGCAGGAAUCGUCGUUGCCGCCGUCGCCGUAAACCGUCGUUCGUUGUUACAGUAAAAAUACUCGCUGGCAGUUCGCCCGAAGGAUCAAGGGGUGUCACGCGGAUGAGACAUUGAAAAUCAGCUUGCGAGUAUGACAUCGCAAGGAUGGGUGCUGUCGCUGCUGGUAUUGGGCACCGGCGCGCUCGCGCUGGUCCCCGCCGCCCGGCAAUCCAACCAGGAGUCCCUGAGGAGCGCUUUGGACGCCGUCGUGCGGAAGCAGAGGUCCCUGGACGCGGUGGACUACAACGAUCUCCACUCGUUCAAGUAUCACGGCGGCAACACUGACCGCAAGUUCGACCGGGACCUCGACGAGGAGGACGAGGAGAUCGAGUUCCUACCGGGCGUUUCAGAUAACAAUGGCCAGUUGGAAACGGUGGGGGAUGGCUACCAAAAUCUGCACUUACUCCAAAAGGUGUUCGACUACUUAGAGAGCAUGCCCGAGCAGGAAGAGCCCGUGGCCUCGAUCUUCCGCGAGCGCGAACGAAGUUCCAGCCGCAAACGCGGCGGAACUGGUGAUUGGAUGAACAUCGACAACAAGGACCUGGCGAAACUGAUCGUGGACGAGUCGCUGGACAAUUCUCCGUACGGUCUGAACGAGAUGGAAGACAGCGACAAUUAUUUAGCCGCUUUACAAACGCUUUACGACAGAUCCAGAGCUGGUAGAGGGAACAAAGUAUACGAAACUGCAGGACCAAUGUCUUGGGGUGAGCUGCACGGCAAGGGUUCGUCGAUGAGGGGCCAGACGAGAGACAGCAACGAGAACGAAUUUAUGGGUCACGAUCAGGAUCAGAGCAUUCUGUAUCUCACGCCAGCUGAGCGCAGGAACGUGAAUGGAAGAUACCCGAUCGGCCGUGAGUUCGGUGGCUAUCGCAAGUUCUCCAAGCGCUAUCCGGUUGCUAAGAGAAGUCCCAGACCGCCCCAGACCAAGUUGAAGACCACCGACCCCAAGGUUGCUCAAGACCUGGGAGCUUUAUUCGGCACGCAAUCUACAGACGCCCACAAUCGCACUCACCACUCUGAACACGAUCACGAUCACGAUCACGAUCACGAUCACGAUCACGACCACGAUCACGAUCACGGCCACGGCCACGAUCACGAUCACGAUCACGAUCACGAUCAUGAUCAUAGGCAUAAGCAGGAGCAGGAACAUGACCACAAUCAGGACCAGGAUCAUGCGCAGGAUCACGGUCAAGGACACAUACACGAUCAUGAUCAAGCUCACGAUCACGGUCACGAUGAAAGUGCGAUGGUUAUGCAAUUGGAUAUUCCGCUGGAUGCUCCAGUGAACGCGACGUCAUUGCCGAAAGAGAACGCAACGAAGGCGGCCAAGUCAAAAUUCGUCCAAGUGAAGAAAAAGAGCGUCGACUGGUCGCAAUACUUCGGCAUCGACCGAAGAAAGAAGAAGGCUACUUUCAUGGCUGGUCAGGGAACGCAGAAUCAGGACGACGAAUGGAUAUUGCAACGCUAUUACGAGAACAUGGCCGAGAACUUGAAAUCGAAAGAGGACGAGAGCGAACGGAAGGACGAGUUCGACCAGAUGGACUCAAAGUUGAAGUACAUCAAGGACUUGAUUAUCGAGGAAGCUUUGAGAUAUGCCAACUUGGAGGACGAAGCGGAUCUACAGAAGGUGAAGGACAAAUUAAUGACGAGGAUGGCAACGGCGUAUUCGUUGCAGAAGAUGCGCAAGGCGUUGAGCGAUCUCAGAAACAACAUCGCAGCUCAAAAGGAGGCGCAGAGGACACAGAGGGAGGUGCAGAAUAAUUUGACGUCGAAUUCUCGUGACAACAGUCACGGAAAUUCCAAUAGCAAUGGUGGUGCUAAUGACAAAAUCGACGAGAAACGCGAUAGUGUCAACAAAAAUAUAGGGGAUGCCGUCGAGGAGACCAGAGACUGUCCCGAAAUGAGAGCGAUCGAGUUGCAAUGCCGAGUCGCGGACAAAUUGAACGAGAACGCUUUUCGAUUGUUCGCACCCUGCAUGAAGCUGCAGAUCUGCAAAGCCUGCGAGCAUGGCAAGAAUAGAUUGUUAAUAUGUCUCAAUAACUACGUAGCAGAGGCCAACGCGGUGUGCGACGUGCUGGACAAGGAAGGACAAAUCGUCUUGCCUAGGUUCGGAGCGAGCUCCAGCCUCGAGAGGGACCAGCUGUGCCAGGAGACUUCCUAUCUGAUAGUGCAGACGCGGCCACCGCCCUCGACGAUGCAAUGUAGCUCUGGGCGUGAAUCGUGCUUGCAACACUAUCGUGACAUAUACAUGCAGCGCCGCUUUGUUUACUCGCCGGAACUGCAGCAGAACAUUUCAGACCCGUAAAAAUGAAAAACGACUGGCAUUCUUCGGCGUCGGUCAACCGCGCAAUGUCGAGAGGAAGCUUCCGUCGUCGAAUGAGGCGUCGUUCGAGAUUACCGCAUAUCACCCCGGCAUAUUAACCCCUCAGCGAGUACCACGGCGUUCAGUCCAGUCGCGUUGGACUCUUAGCUGGGCUCUGACCUCAUUGAAGGAGGCAAAGGAGCAGAGCGCAUCAACGAGUAAGCGAUUCCAUAGUCGUGCCGCUUUAUCCAAGAAGCGCGAGAGGCUUUAUUUUUUGAUAUUUCUUUGUCGACCGCAACUGCAACUUGUCUCGUUUCGUGCCACGACAGCCCAAGGGACUCGCCUCGGGACUGCCUGCCGAGGGAUUAAGGGAGGCUGCUCAUACACAGACUCGGUGUUCUCGAAUCGAGUGGUCGUCUUGAAAACGAACGACGUGGUUGAGGAAGAGCGUAUAGCUCGCGUAUCGCGUGCUAGCCUGCUCUCGAUUCGAGGUCACGUGUCUGGUCUUGAAAGUGCUGUUCUUGGUGUGAUCGGUGCGAUGAUACACAUACGACAACCGACACAUGAGACAGCUCUUUUCGCACGCGACGCUGCUUUCACGGAUUCACGUAUCGAUUCCUCGCCGACAGAAUUCGAGAGUCCUGAAUGUAGGAGAGAUGCGCGGUUAAUUAGUCGAAAAUUCGAGACGAGACGCGUUUUAUUACCUAUUUGCGAGGUGCGCCGCUCUUGUCUGAACGACUUCCUCCCCCCUCCCCCUACCCGUUCCCCCCCGCCGCUCUCGAUACUGUCUUCUCCUUUGCGACUGAACAACGACUUAACGAACUAUAGGUAGAGACAAUAAUGAACGAGCCGUAACCGACGCCCAACAUAUGACACAAAUGCGGACGAGCGCCUCGCAAAUGAGAUAUCGUACGAUAUGACUAUGUGAAUCGUUGUUAAGUAUCUAAAGCUGGAAAGGGAAGGGAGCGAAUGUUCAUUCGCGAUCUCGUGACCUCCGCAUGUAUGAUGAUUAUCCACAGUCUCGGCAAAUCGUGCACGAAACGUUUCCGAAUCGCGCGUCUUCUCGCCGUGAGUGCGACGCGGUGACUUUCGGGGAAAGCGAAAAGCAGAGAAAGAGAGGGAAGAAAUCGCGCGCGCGCGCACGAGAGAGAGAGAGAGAGAGAGAAAGAGAGAAAAGAAUGGAAAGAAUAUUCGACGCAGCUUCCAAAGAGUCUAUCUUUGCAAAAUCUCUAUAUCUAUUACUGUAUACUCUAUCGUAUCGAACGUUGUACGGCGUUACCCCAGUGAGAAGUGACUCGUCGAUUGACGUCGAAUUGAUUUGAACUUCUCGACAUCGAUCCGAUGUCGUUUCGACGUCGAACGAUGAGCCGUUUCUCGCUGGGACGGAUUAACAAACAUACA